AAAUAUAAAAACCAUAAUUUAAGUUUGCGUUUGAAAUUGAGCUUUGUAUUUUAUUUUUAAUAUAUAUAUUUAAAGCAUUUUUAUAAUGAUUAUUGGAAAAUAUUUUAGUAAAAAUCAAUUUUUGAAUAGAUUUAUAUUUUGAAUCAAUUUUUGAUUUAAAUCAAUUUUAAAUUAAUAUUUUGAUUUGAAAUAUGUAUAUAAAAUUUAAAAUUUGUGUUAUCAUUAUUUUAGACAAAAAAUGUUUUAGGUAAUUAGAUUGGGCUAUUUUCGUAUAUUUUAAAGCUGGCUUAGAUAUAUAGUUUAUCAUAAUAUUAUGAACUUCCAAUAUUUUUUUAAAACAUAAGUUAUUACUUUUUUUUUCUUAAUAUAUUGGUAUACAUGUUUCCAAACAUUAUUAUAUUCAUUUUUUACUGAUAUACAUGUUUCGAAACACUUCCUAAAUGUACUUCUACUUUAAUAAGAUCUAUACUAUUAUUUAUGAAGUGAUUUUGCUUAGUUGUCCUCUUGUCCAUGAUUUAGAUAAUUUUUAAUUAUUUAUUAUUGUUUAUUUGUCAUAUUUUCUAUAAUUUGUGAUUUUGCUUAGUUGUCCUCUUAUGCUUGAUUUUAGAUAAUUUUUGUUUAUUUAUCAUUGUUUAUUGCUUAUUUUUCAUAUUUUCUAUAAUUUUAGAUAAUUUAUUUAUUUGUUAUGUUUUCAAUAAUUAUACUUUUUCAUAUUUUUCAUAUCCUCCAUAAUUUAGGUUAUUUAUUAUUUCUUAUGUUCUUUAUAAUUUUCUGUAGUAAUUUUAUUUAUUUAUCAUAUUUAAAAUAAUUUUAGGUGGUAAUUUUAGUUUUGCUUACUUGUCAUGUUAUCCAUAAGUUUAGGCUAUUUUUAUUAUUUUCAUGUUUUAUUACUUUUAGAACAUUAUUUUUCAUAUUCCAUGAUUUAAUUUAGGCUCAGUCAUUAGUUUUAAUAAAUAACUUUUUGAAUUGUUAGUUUUGAACAUAUAUAGUGAUUAUUUAAUAAAUCUUUUCAAUAUAUUCAUGAAUAAAUAUUAUUAAUGAGUAUUAAUUUUAUAGUUUUGUUCAUCUUAUGUUAAUUUUCAAUAUUAAAUCUUUUAAUGUUUUAUUUAUUAUUUUUAAAAUGAAGCUUGCUUCUCUUUUAUACCACCGAAUUAUUUUAUCAAUCAAAAUAUGAGUCCAAAGAAUACAAUCUCUCGCUGUUAAAAAUUAAAAAAAUACAGCUUUACAAGAUAUAUAUACUUUUAUUAAAUAGAGGUAUGUUUUUAAUUAUUGUAAAUUUGUUAAUAAGUAUUAAUAUAAACUCCGAUGAAGGAGAAAUUCAUAUAAAAUGCAAUUAAGACUUUGAUGAAUAGGGGUUUGAUUUCAUAGGCUUCACUGAUAAUUUGGUAAUUAUGGUUUAUUUGUAGAUUUAUCUUUUAUAUUAUUUUUAAAGUAAUAAUAAAACUUUAUUAGGUUAUUAUAAUGAUGAUAUUUUUACAUGUAUGGUUUAGUGAUAUAAUAAAUAAAACAUUUUAAAAAUACCAAACCAUUAUCUAUGUUGUCUUGUAAUAAAAAAAGAUAAUUAUAUCAGUAAUUAAUUUAAUAUUUGAAACUAAUUAAAUAAUUUAGAUUGAAAUUAAAAAUUUGUUAAAACUUGAAUUAGUUGGAUAUAUAUUAGUCCGCACAAGUGUGCGGGCCACCAUCUAGUAUAUAUAUAUCUUUCAUACAACUUCUAAUCUUCCUUUCUCAGAAAAAAACUUCUAAUCUCUUAUCAUAUCUUUCUGUUUGUACCCUUAUUUAUAUUGUCUUAUGCUCCUAUCAUCAAUGCAGCUUCUAAUCUAUUUUUUUCUGACAUAAACAAGAACAUAUUCAUGAUGAAUCUGUAAACCAAACUGGUAACUCUGCAUCCAUAUGAACGAUGAAAAACAGUUGUUUCCUGGUACUGUGUGCGAGACUGUUCGCCUUGAUAUUUUUCGUUCGAUGUACAUGAAUGAGCCAUGCAUGGUUGAAAUUGCUUCUGAGGAUCUUAAUAUCUUCAAAAUACAUUGCAAAGACUGACAAUUCUUCUGGUUCCGAAACCAUCUUCACCAAUUGAGAAUAAUAUGUUGCAAAAGUAACAUUAAACUGCCAUAAAUUCCCCAUACACUUCAUUGCCUAAAUGAAUGCCUAUCUCCAUGUGAAGAGGCGAAAGACUAACAUUAAAAUGUCGUAAAUCGAUUAGCUAUUCUUUUUUUGGCAAAAAAUUUAUAAAACAAGAUAGCUGCUAAAGAGUAGUGCUAAACAUGUUUGUAUAUGCUAUUACCAAGAAAAUAAAUGGUAAUUUACCAAGUUUUGUUUUUUUAUCAAAAAAAUAUUUCAGGGAAAUAUAGAUAGAGGCAAUAGUUUCAGAGACAUAAAGCACUAUACGAUAGUUCUCGUGGGAAAUAGGUAGUUGACCCAAAAAUAAAUGAUUAUGUUCAUCAUUUAAGUGUGUUAAAGCAUCUCCAAUAUACUCCAUAUUUUACAUAAUUUUAUAGAGUAAUGCUUUUAUUAUUUGUUCAUUACUCCAUGUCUUAUUUUGUUUUGGAGUAAAAUAUACAGUGGAGUUGGAGAUUUUUUAUACAACAGUUUUUAUGUAACAAAUUAUAAAACACCCUAUUUUCAUUAUUUUCGUUUAAUUUUUAUAGUUUCAGUAGUGUUAGUGAGUAGUGACCAUUAUUUCCUCCACUUUUCAAUGUUAAUAUGGUGUAUAGUAUCAUUUGUGGCAUGGCGCUAGCCGCUAGACAAGGUGAAACCAUGUUUACAGCAUGUCGUAGGUGAGAAGCCAACAGUUACUUGUUGUGAGGCUAUUAAUAGCAUAACCCGGAGACUGACUCGUCGACACCUCUGCAGAUGUUUCAAAGAUGCUGCACAAUCAUCUCCAUAUUCAAACCUUAUCAACUUGCCUGAACUCUUAUCAUAUUUCUCCAGUUGUGCCUUUCACCCCAUCAGUAGACUGCGAUAGGUAAUUUUAAUAAUUAUAUUCUUUUAUUUAGUUUAAUAAUUGUAAAGCAUUAGUAUUUAUGUGAUACUAAAAAUUGCUAAGUGAGGUUGAAAUCUUUCACCAUUAUUUUUUAUAGUCCUGUUUUCUAACUUCUUGAUAAAUAAAAUGUUAAAUUCGAAUUUAUUAUGUGCUUCCAACUUAAAACCAAUUGGUAAUUAGUGGAUUGGCCCUAACCCUUUAUAUAUUAGUUAAUGUCUCUUAGAAUUUCCGAUGUGGGAUGUAAUAUCCCUAAUAUAAAACUAAAUAUUAUUUUCUAGUUAAUUUAUAAUUAAACCUUUCUGAUUUUCUUUAUAAAUUUGUUUUGCAGGAUUCAGAAUAUGUAAGGCGCAAGAAGAUUAUGGAUACGACAAUAAAUGCACCAUCAAAUUUUCUAAAAUAAUGAGAUAAAAUUUAGUUUUUUCUUAAUUAUUCAUGAGCAUAUUUUCUAUUAUCAAGAGAGAAGACGUAGAAAUGAAUUCAAUCAUUUUUAUUAAUUAUUCAUGAGAUUUUUUUGUUAUUUGAAUAAAAUGUCAAUUCAAUCAUAAUUUUUAACUUAUAUAAUACCAAACUCGAUAUAAAUUAUUAAUUUAUAAUGUUGAUUGGACCAUAUUCUUACAUGAAUUUUCUAAAAAGUUAUUAUCUUUUAUUUUAUCGAUUUAUGUCAUAUUUUAAACCGGCUCAAUUUAGAACUGAGAAAAAUUAUUACUUUAUAGGGGUUAUUAAUUUAUCGAAUAUUAAUUUAUAUGAUUUUUACUGUAUAUGUAUUUUCGCUGAGAUACAUAUAAUGUUAUUGCAAAAUUUGGAUAGAAUUACAAAACAAAUCUACAGAAAUUACUUUUGUCACCCUGAAAGGAAGAAACAAGUGAGAUUACCAUUGAACGAUUUGACAAAGUCCUAAUUUCGAUCCAAAUGUACCAAAACCACAGGCUCUAAAUUCGCAAUCAAAUACGGAAUUUUCUUUGUAAGAAUAAUUGCGUAUAUAUCAACGAAUUACAAAAAAAAAAAUGUAAAGGAGAAACUGAUCAAGCUCGUUUACAAAACCAUCAACAUUCUACAAAGCAAAGAAUAUGUACAGAUCUGCGAGUUGGAACCGUGCCACGGAAGACUACUCGUCCGCACCGCCCAAAGGAUUGUGGAUGGGCUCCAUGAUCGGUCCCCUUGACGAAGACGAGCCACCUUCCUACAAUAAUCCACCAGCGGAUGAGAUGGUUAAGAAGGAGAAGUCACCUGCCAAGUUCGCAGAAAAGGCGAUUCACAUCAUUCCUUUUGUUCUUCUUGCAUGUGCUCUCGUCCUUUGGCUAUUCUCAAAUCCAGAUGUGGUGGAUGUUGGGAUGAGAGAGGAAUCUAUUGCGGCUAGGAUUGAAGGACUGACAAUAGAAGGAGACAUCGACAAUGAUAGUGAUGGAACUCAGACUGGUUUCUUGGGCGCAACCUUAGAGCUCAGUGGUGAUUCAGACAAAACACAUUAUGCUGAUCGGAACAGACGAGCUUCAAGGAAACUGAUUAAAGGCUUCUACUAGUUAAUAAUAAAUAAACCACCAAUCCAUUUUUAUGCAUUUUGGAUCAUCAUUCCAAU